CAAGUUUACCGAGUCCAUUGGCUGAGGGCAAAGGCACUAUGGGAUCGAUGGAGGGAGGAAAUGCUAUUGGUCAAAUUGGAGAUGGAUUGGACAUGUAAGUUCUUUUUGUGGAAAACAACCCAAUGGGGCGAGCACAUGCAGGAAUCAUUGGAGAAACACCUUCCAGGUCAUGGAUGCUACGCCGGAAGGCAAUCCCAAAUGUAUUCAUUGCUGGCACAGGAUGCGCAGGCAGCUUUUCAAGACCUACAAAAUGUGUUGAUAGAGGCUGGAGAUGAAUGA